AUGGCCAUAAGCUUCGCGACGAGAGAUCUUCAUCCCAAUGUCAAACCCGUUACAACAAGCUUCCCGGUGUUGGUGACGGACCCACUGCUUGCAAUCAAGCAAUACCCACUGGCCCCAAAAGACGCUAUUCGAAAAGUUAUCGCCCUGCCCGAGGACGACCCGAAACGCCGACUGCUUCUCGAUGACUACGUCAAAGAAUACGGCAUCUUGUCGUCUCUUUCUCGCUUUGAGUCUGGAAACAAGGCCGAUUUUGUCAACCGAUGGCUGUUACAGAGCCUGCGCAUGUCGCCAAUGGCCGCUGUGCUUCUUUACACGGAGUUCUCUGGCAUCUUGCGUGUAAUCAACAUUGGACAAUGGCAGAAUGACGUGGUGCACUUUUGGGCUCAUGAUGGCACGAAUGUUCCAGAACCAUACUUUGGUGGGCCCGUCACAGAGCCUCUGUCGUCUUGUUCUUCGACGACAUCCUCCUCGUUCAUUGUCGAGAAUCACGGCGAGUCGGGUUCUGGUGGUGCUAAAAUGCACGUAUGA